UGUGCUCACGCACUCCAUUUAACGGAUUGUAUGUGGGGUGAACGUAGAAUAAGAGGAAAUCAUGCAAGGGUUGUCGUAGGAGCCGACCGAGGACCCUUUACUUUUUCACAGGAUUUUUUUCAUGCUUUUAUCUAAUUUUACCCUGAACGACAAUGCUUUACUUUCAGUUGGUGAUCAUGGCAGGGACUGUCAUGCUGGCAUAUUACUUUGAGUACACCGAUACGUUCAACGUGCACGUCCAGGGCUUUUUCUGUCAUGAUAAUGCCUACACUAAGCCCUAUCUUGGACCAGAGGAGUCCAGUGCGAUCUCACCAGCUGUCCUGUACGCGGUGGUCACAGGGGUCCCCGCACUUGUGAUCACAGUGACAGAGUCAGUGCUGUUCUUGCUGCAGUAUGUCUCUGAGGAUCUAGACAACAGGGAGAAGAUCAUUGUGAUGGGGGACUGUUGUUACCUCAACCCCCUGGUCCGAAGGACAUUUCGCUUUCUUGGUGUGUACGCCUUUGGCCUCUUUGCCACUGACAUCUUUGUCAAUGCUGGGCAGGUGGUAACAGGAAAUCUGUCUCCAUACUUCCUGACGGUGUGCAAGCCCAACUACACUGCACUGGGGUGCCAACAGGUGGUGCGCUUCAUCAACCAACAGGAAGCCUGCACAGGCAAUGAGGAUGACAUUCUGCGUGCUCGCAAAUCCUUCCCAUCCAAAGAGGCAGCCAUCAGUGUUUAUGCUGCUCUGUAUGUUGCUAUGUACAUCACAUGCUCAGUGAAGGCCAAAGGGACACGGCUGGCCAAGCCGGUGCUUUCUCUGGGGCUCAUGUGUCUGGCCUUCCUAACAGGGAUUAAUCGUGUGGUGGAGUACCGCAACCACUGGUCUGAUGUCAUCACUGGCUUCAUCAUAGGAGGAGCCAUUGCUGUGUUUAUGGUGGUGUGUGUGGUGAAAAAUUUCAAAGGAAAGCCCUUACUGGGUGAGAUACCGCCAGAGGAGAGUGUGUCCAGUGGUCCCAUGAUCACUAAGCCGAGGAUGGAACACACUAUGGAGAAGUACAUAGCCUCCCAGACUCCCAUCACUUAUGCUGAGAUCACAUGACAAUGAAAAGACGGCAAACAUAAAAAAGCUGUGGACAAUGUUGCUGCUAUCUGAUGCAACAUCUUACUUCGAGAGCAACGUCGAUAUGUGCUAUUUUUACACUUCUAUUUUCAAGUGUGUGAAAAGAUUGUUGAUUCCUUGUUUGUCCUCCUUGUUACUUUUUUUGUUGAAAAUUAUUAUGAUUGGGUCACAUCCCUAUUUUUAUACAAACAUUUCACUUUUAACAUUUUUGUGGUUGAA